AUGGAAAGAGAUGGAGAGCAGCUGGUAGGAGAAGGAGAAGCAGCAGCUCCGUCGGGAUCAACAAGCAGUUCAACUAAACACACACCUAGGAUAGCUAUUCAGAAAGUAAUAGAGGUGGUAGCCGGACUGUCAGAUUACAAAAGAUUCCUAGUUGAGGAGAUUGGAUUUGAGGGUGUACUGCGUAUUCCCAUGAUCCAGAAAAUCAAUCUGAAGUUUAGCAAGUUCCUCAUGACAAAGGUGGAUGUGGAAGAGCACUGCAUCAUCCUCUUAAGCUCGCUUGAAGUGUUCAUCGGCAAGGAAAUAAAUGAACUGUCCAGCCGAUUGGAGAAGGAUUCCUUCAAGAUGGCGUUUGUUGUCUUUGUGAUGGGAAAUCUGUUCGCGCCGUGCACCAGGCAUGAUCACUCAACCAUCGACUACUGGGGCGCCAUCAAGGAUGCAGAAAACAUCGCCCUCUUCAAUUGGUGCAAAUAUUCAGUCAAUUUUUUACUUGAAGCAGUCCGCAAACUAAAGUUAGAAAUUGAUGCAAACAUAACACCCAACCACCUCUAUGGGUGUCACCUCUUCCUGCAGGUGUUCGUACUAGACAAUGUUGAACUUGGCAUCAUGAACUUAAAGCAAACAACAAUUCCACGAAUACAUUUAUUCGACGGGGAGACACUGAAACGGAUGAUCCUCGUGUGCUCAGCAAGGAAGCUAGGCAAAACCAUCUUCAUAGCCCCUGAGGCAAGACGUUGGAAUGCCAUGUGCUACACAUGGCACAACUACAUAAACGAGAAGCAUGCCAAGAAGAAAUCAAUGGACCACAAGGCUGAAGGAUCGGCAAACAAGUACGCACUUGUCAUACACAACGCAGACAACAUUCGACAGGGAGACUACAUCAACACUGACACAGCCAUAAGUAACCUUGCACAGACACAUGGAAGCAACGUCGAAUUCAGCCCCGGCGACUACGCUCGGUGGAUCCAGAUGCAAAACCCAGAGUUGGCCGCUUCUCCAUUAGGAUGGGCACUGAAACAGCACAAUGCCAAAUGUGUGCAUAUCGCAAACGAAAUGAAAAGGAACAUUGCACGUGAGAACAUUCGAUUCACAAAAAAACUGCUCCAAGUUUAUUCCAACAGACCCAACACGGGAACACCCGCACCCAAUGCUUCUUAUCGCGCUGCCGGAACAACGAAAGGUGUCGACGGCUCAGACGCACCACCAUUUGAACUGGACAUCGAUGGCCACAACGAAGCCAGUACGCCUAUCAAGAACUAUGGUAAGGCAACUGCAAUUUCACCUACCUUGGCGACAAAGACGUACUCAGACCAACUAGUAGGGCAGCUCAUGAUGCUGAACGAUGAGAUUGGAGACACCGAGGGGCACAUUGUCUUUGGUCAAGUUAAUGUCGCGGCUGUAACAAAGAUCAAAGUUGCUCACACCCGGUUCACAAAAGACCCAUGGUCCAGUAACAGGAUGGUUUGCAGACACGGCGCAGGGGUCUUGAAAGCCAUCAGAGAAUGGAUGCGGUCAAGAACACCCUAUGAUCUAGCAAGGGAUUGGGUCUCACGCCCCGACCCACAGAUCAUUGCAGUCAGCGGCAAUGCCAUCAAGUCACAAAUAUGCGACGGUUCCGAACUUGACCACGAGUUGGGGUCCCUGAUCUUUCGUCGAAUUGGCCAGAUGGAGUCACAUGCGCACCGUGGCAGCCCCGACGAGCAAUACCGGUUGCUUAUCGAGCCCGAUUUUGCGGGGAGAACACCACAAGAAUCAUGUCAAUACAAAAAUAAUUCACUGGAGCUGAAGUGA